GUUUACCGGAGUGUCGUGCAGUGUCGUGUUUGUCCUCUGCGCUCCUUGAAGUUUUUAGUUGUAAACGAAGUGGACAUGACAGAAGGGUUUAACUUCAGCCUCUGACUCUUAACUCAAUAUGUUGGCCGAAUUAGAACAGUUGGAUGAGUCAAGGGCAUGGCCACGAUUAUUUCAAAAACUCAACUGGGAAGCGAGCCAGAGAGCUGGAGCACUAACAGUUGCAAGACUUCCUGAAAACAGACAACUUAAUCGGUACAGAGAUGUUUUACCAUAUGACCACAGUCGAAUCAUUUUAAAGCAAGGAUCCUCAGACUAUAUCAAUGCUAACCUUGUUGAGAUUUCAAGAUUGAACAAAAAGUAUAUUUUGACCCAGGGACCAUUACCUCAUACUGCAAAUCACUUCUGGCAGAUGAUAUGGGAGCAAAACACAGCUGCUAUAAUCAUGUUGAACAAAGUAGUGGAAAAAAAUCAGAUCAAGUGUUACCAGUACUGGCCAUGUGGAGAGGCCUAUGCCCAUUCUAAUCAGCUUGAGUUUGGUAACUUCAAAAUCAACUACCUUCGGGAGUUGCACAAUGAAUACUUCACCAUAAGAUCACUGGAACUAGAAAAUAUUUUGACAGGAGAGAAACGUCCAAUAGAGCAUUUUCACUAUCUGACAUGGCCAGACUUUGGAGUGCCUACCUCACCUGCUACUUUCCUGGCUUUCCUGUUUGAAGUGCGCAGGGCGGGAGUGAUGUCUAAUGAUGUAGGACCCUGUGUAAUUCAUUGUAGUGCUGGAAUAGGAAGGUCCGGAACAUUUGUCAUGGUGGAUUCAGUUCUGACAGAAAUUGAGCAUGAGGAAGACAUGAAUCAGAUUGAUAUCCAAGCCAUGUUACUAGAAAUAAGGCAAUAUAGAGUGGGUCUCAUUCAAACACCAGAUCAACUGCGCUUCACAUACCUGGCCAUUUUAGAAGGUGUACGUGUUCUAAUGCCUGAAAUAUAUCACAGAGCUGUAAAGCAUCAGAUACAACCAAAUACUGGUGAUGACCAGGAUGAUGAAGUAGUUACAAGUAAAAGAGAUGAUACAAGCCAUCAGGAGGGGGAGAAAGAGGAGACACCACCUCCACUACCACCACGACGAAGGCAUGCUGAGACUACUGAUGAACCAGAGAAUAAGAAGAGUCGUAUAGGUGAACCUGUUACCUACGUGACAGAGCCAAAAUCAGAAGUAGAAGAGGUGUUUUCAGACAGUGGUAGUGAUGGGUCAGAUGAAGUCAUCAACCUGUCUUCCUUGUCAGAAUCAGAGACUGAUGAUGACACUGUUCAAAUAAGGGAAAGCUUACUAGAUGAUUCAAAAGAUGAUGAAACACAACAAAAUUACGACUUAAAGGAACGAAACAAACUAUCCCCUGUGCAUGCUGAGUUACUCAUAAAAGAUGAUACACUAGAACAAACAGAGGAGGAGGGUCUUCAAAUAACAGAUGAGGGGUCUAAACUGAAAGAUGUGCCUCAAUCAACUGCUGUAGAGGAUCAACAUACCAAGGAAGGUACUGUCCAUACAAAAGACAAGGAAGACCCUCAACCAUUAGAUGAAGGGGUUCUUCACCUGUCGGAUGAGGGAAGUUGCAAUGCCAAAGACUACUGUCUAAACCCAAGAGAUGGCUGCAAACCUUCAAACCAGGGAUGUGAAGUUACCACUGGAGGUCUCAAAACACUAGAUGAGGGGUUGCAAUCAACAAGUAAAGGCCAAGUAAAGGAGAAUGAGAGUGGUAUGGAAGUACGUAAGCGAAGGGAAGAACGCAGGAAAAAGACAUCUGAUAUGAUUGAUAAAAUAAAGAAGAAUGUCAAACAAAGUGAAGAUACAAAAGUAUGGAACUUCAGAUUGAUGGUAUCAGGGGGAAUCCUAUUAGGAUGUACAGUGGCAUACUUGGCUUACAGAUACUUCACUCAUGGCUAGUUUUUCCUCUUCUUCAUUGAAGUGAUGUGUAAUUGUUUUUUGAGUGCUUUUCAUGGUUAUUUCUCCUGUAACUUGCAUGAUAAUUUUUUUAAUAAUGUCCUUUUUGAACCUGAUUCCAACUCAUUUUUACAGAUUUUAAGAUACUUUUUAAGACAUCUCUAUAUGACAGGGCUAAAUGAUGACAGUGUGUACUGAAAGAUACAGCAUGUAGAGCUUUGAUUUCAUAUGUGGUUGGAAAGUUGCAGUAACAAUGUGGAAACCCUUAUUAUUUUCAACCCCAAAGUAUUCUUUACUCGGAUAUGAGUUCUGCUUUGAUUUUAAUGGUUAUAUUUUGUUUUUAUAAUGACAUACACUGAAUUGAUAUUCAUGAGUUUGAAAAUAAGAGAAAGUCACAUUUCAGUGAAUGAACAUGAACUACAAGAUACACAUAUGCCAAAAAGGAACAUUUUCCAAAAGAUUUGUAAUUUUCCAAAUUUCCCUCAACAACAUUAAUUUGUAUUUGUUUUACAAGAGUCAGUAAACAACUUUUUAUUGUCCAAAAUGUUCAUUUUUUUUUCCAAUACACUUAUUGUAUGUGUAAACUCAUUAGCUUAAUACGAUACUUUGAGGUGAAUUUUAAUUCUUAAUUGAUGUUUCACCAACUAAUUAAACUAGCAUUUUUUUAAAGUUAUUUUGAAAAAAAAUCAGUUUCAGAUGUGCUCAUCUUCUGUUUCAUUUACAUUGAAUGUUUAAAUUGUAAAAAGACUAUUUGUUGGUUGAUGAAAAGAAUAAUUACAUUUUAUGUGUAAUCUGCUACUUAAUGUAGCUGUAAGAGUAACUUUUUAAAUAUAGUUAUAAUGUUUGAGGUAAGGGUGAAGAGAGACAGUGUUGGUUGAAGUGCAUUUUGUUGUUGGUGAACUGCUAUUGAUUUUUUUUUCAUGCUAUGGAGACACUAUGGAAUGAUGCAAAAAAAAUUGAAUCUUUUGCUGAUUGUUAGUUCUGAGGCUAUAUUGCUGACGAGAACAGUGACAUUAUUUUUUCUUAAUGUAGCUAAGCUGUAAUAAUUUAGACUUGACCAAAAGUAUUCUUAAUUUCCCAGAAGCAUACUGUUGUCUGUUAAUAUUGUUAUAAAUAUUAUUACAGUAAUUUGUGCAAAAUCAAUUCAGUUGUGAAUCCUUAAUUUUAUCCUUAGGGUGAUGUAGUUCAUUUUAUACAGUAUUUUGCACAAAUUUCACAUUAAAUGAUUGUGACGGCCUUGUGUUCUUCAUUAUGUCUUUUUACUUAUUUAAUGUUAAGUGAAAGAAGUGUUAAGGUUGCUGGUGUAAUGGUGAACCAUUCUUUUAGGAAGCCUUAAGGGAACUUUGUUGUCUAGCCCUAGGUUGGCAGGACAUGACCAAAUUUAUGAAUCAUUUGCAAAUUAAAAGUUUGGACUUCUUCAUGCAGUAAUUUUCUAUUAAUCGCUUCCCACUUUAUAAUUACAAUAGGCAACAAGAAUUGAGAAAAUGCUCUCACAGGUAUUCUCUCAUGGUUUAAUGGUAAAGUUGUAUAAUUGAAAACAUUGCUCUGGUAAACAAACUUGACCUGAAUCAAAGGGAAUUGAAUGAAGGGAAAACAGGAGCCUUCAUUGGGGUCCACACCACAUUAAUAUACUGUACCAAUAAUCAUGAAUAAAAAAUCUUGACUAGGAGGAUUCAAGGAAAAGGAACAGGCAUGUUCUAGAAACCAUACAAUUUUUAUCCUAUCAUUUAAGAGUUUAUCUAACAGUGUACUCUGUUGUGUAUUUUGUGAUAUUGUAGAGUACUGAAUCAAGCCAUUCAAAAUUGUCUUCAGUAGUGCUAAAAAUAGAUGUGAGAAUGUAACUUAAUAACCAGGCCACAAACUCAUUAAUUGGUAGGUCAAAAAAGUAUCUCUAGUUAUCACAAAAAAUUACUACUCAAGGAACAAAUGCCUUUUUGUAUUGCUUUCAACUGUGCUAACAGAUCACUUAGAAAUCUAACAAGCAAGACUCUUAUGUCAUAGAUGAACAGCUAAUGAAAGGGUCUCAAGUUGAAUUUUAUGUUCACUUUUCUACAAGUUUCAAAUGGUUCGGUUACUGUGGAUCCUAAAACGUAACAGUCCUUUUUUAAUAUACUUUUAACCCUCAACACCCUCACAUCAUCAUCAAUAUUCUUGGGACUAUUCUCUAUGCAUUUAA